AUGGUGACAACAAGGAGUUACCGGCGGGGACACAGCUGUACAGUUGUUGAUCCAGCGAAAUUCGCAAAUUCUGCUUCGGAUCUCGACGCAGAAGAUCUCAGUUGCAGUAACUCCAACUGCAACAGAGAUGUUUCUGUUUCACAUGAGAUAAGUGUUGAUAGUGAUGUGUCGUCUGAAGCUCCGUCUGAUGGUGAUCCCAAUCUUACCUCAUCUAAUGUAGAUGCCAUAUCUGAAAAUGGACAUCGUUCUUCUGAAGCAACAACAAACAUCUCUAGCCCGCUGACCUCAUCUAGUCAAGGUGGUUCUGUUGGAAACGGAGAUGAUCGGAGUGAAGCUGCCAUGAGGGCUGACAGAUAUAUUUUAUCAUCAGACGGCCCAACGCAGCAUAUCAACGGUCUAAGCUCAUAUAAUGACGGUUUAACUGAUAGAAAUGUAGAUGAGAAGUGUGAAGGUGACAAAAGUGUUGAUAGAGAUGUUUCUUUGUUUGAAGAUGCUCCGGUAUUUGCCAUUGAUAGGUAUCCAAGGGAUGUUAGGGUUAAUGCGUACUCCAAACUCAAGUAUCUUGUGAAUAUUUUACAUAUUUUGGAUGAGACUCUUGAGUAUGACACUCUUAUGCGGCCAGGCGCUGCGAUUUUCGCUAGACGAGUUGAAACAAGUUAUAGUCCUCAUAAGAACUUCACUAUUAAGCAUAUUCUCAAGCUUUUGAAAUCUGAUAGGCAGAUCCUGGGGUGGCUCCCGAUGGUUGAGAUUGUUAAGAAUUUGGACUUCUUCUUGAGCUACAUGUCGGGUAGACAUUCAUUUGAGAGGACAUUAAGGAUGGUAAAAGUUGGGAAAAAAGUACGCAAUCAGUCUGACAUUACAAAGAAACUGAAGCAGCGUUCUCUUGUGAUGCAUGAAUUUUUGGUAAGGGACAUAGAUAUUCUAUUGAAGCUGAAGACGUUUCAUACAGAUAACAUACUUGCCUUUGAGAAUACUGAUGAGUCAUCAUGCGAUCCUUUUUAUACGACUCCUUUUGGCCAAAAAGAAUUUUCCUACGCUCGUCUUGAAGGCACCCCUCAGAACUCCCGUCUCAACACUCUAUACGCUAUUGAUGUGUACGAAGAGUUUAUUUCUAAGGUCGUCUUGAACUGA